UACAUAGUGAUUCUCUCGCUUUUUCCCUCUUGAAAUCCCCUCUUUCAAUCUCAACCUCCGUUCUCUCCAGAUCCACAUUCGUUUCUAUAAAAAAUGCAUUCCAUAACUACUAUGUUGAUUGUCUCCGCUGGUAUUCAAGUGGCUGUCGGUCAAACCUCAUUGUGGAUUCCAGGAUUCGACGAACAAGCCUUGAGCGCAGACGUGGUUGGCGUUGAUACAGCCCAGGGAAGGACCACAUACCAAAUUCAGAGAGGUGCCUCAACUGCACCUACAGAUGAUGAAUCAGGAUUCACAGGAACUUUCACACUCGUCGAAGGCGCAGACUACGCAUCAUACAGCUACGUCCAAGACGGUGUUUCCUUGGUGGUCGCAUGCUCCAUCUCAGGUAGUCUCGGUCUCUGCAGCGGAUCGGACGGAAGCACUACCGUCACUGAGACGGAAACCGUCCAACCAUUCCUUGUUCAAGGUGGUAAAACUUUGGCGAAUACGGCCCCAACUGGGACACCUGCUACGAAUACAGGAGGAGGCACCCCAUCUGGGACCACUGGAACCACUCGUACCACUUCAAACGCUCCGCCCAGCCAAACAAAAAAUCCGAAUGCUGCAUUGUCGAGCAAACAGUGGACUUCUGCUGGAAUGAUUCUCGGAUUUAUGGGGAUGGUUUUCUCAUUCUUGUGAUUGCACCGAGUUGGGCUGUCAUAUAAUCAUCUCUCUUUUGGGUUUGUUUCGUGGGGUUGUAUGUACAGGUUGAUAUCAAUGAAUUGCUAUUUGUUUCGACCGCUA